GUCAUUUUCAUGUUCAUUUGUUUUCAAGACGAAGGCUCAUGGUGUCUGAGUAAUGCAAAGACUAAGUGUCAAAUGAGAGGGGCAAAUGGUAGCCUAAAUGAAAAAGUCUGUUAGCCUACAUAAUAUUGGCAUGGCAGACUUACAGUUGUUGUAUUAAUAAAGACCCAUAUAGGUUAUAGUAAGUUUUGAUUAUUUGGAUAAUUGAUUGGGCUAAAGUGAUUUAAGCGCAAUUAAUUGAAAAGGCCUGAUGUAGCCUAUUAAAAUAUAGCCCUGUGAGUCGUCGUUUUAAUGAUUAGGCUACCAAAUGCUUUCCCCCUCUCUGGUUGAAAUAGCCUAAAUCAACAGCUUAGCUCCGUUGCAUUUAGAAUAGCCUACUUUGAGACUUGGAUGAUGGGACGGUUCCUUUCCACACCAGGUUUUAAGGUCUGUUUUUUUCCCGAUUAUAAUUUUUGUUCAUGAAAACGUAAUUUCUAUGGUGGUCAUCGUGCCUAACGUAUCCAAUAAUUUACGACGCACCAAAGACCCUAUUCCUUACGUGUGUAACAUUGUAUUAAGUCUCUCCCUGGAUUCCCUAUGCCCACUAUGUUUAAGUCAUUCACUUAGUUUACAUCUAAAUACACUGACCUAAUAAACGCCAUAUGUUCGGGUUUUUGUCAUGCAUGGUAUAGCAAACGAUGUGAUAUCUGUUCUGCUCUGGGGAAGAGCUCCCACCAUCUCCAUGGCGACCGUGAGAUCUCCCAUCAAAAACCAUGAAGUGCGAGUGUAGCUUUCUCGGUGGAAGGGAGUCGGUUCGAUUUCGGGAUCAAGCGCAAGAUAGAGUGACGCACAGAGUGAAACCUGCUAGCCUACGCUAUUGUCUGCUCAAAGGACGAAAAAAGAAAGUUCCUAUGUUAUUUAAGGGCUGAGAUCUUUCUAGAUGCCCCGAUGGAGCAGGACGUGGAGAGCCCCGUCACCGUCAGACAACCCAAACUGCCCAAGCACGUCAGGGAGGACCUGCCCAAGAAACUCGAAAAACUUGAGAAAGAAGCCAAGAAGAAAAUCCAGAGAUACGUGCGCAAAGACGGAAAGUGCAACGUGCAUCAUGGCAAUGUGCAGGAGACGUACCGCUACCUGACGGACAUCUUCACUACGCUAGUCGACCUCAAGUGGGGAUUUAAUCUCUUCAUUUUCGUCUUAGUUUACACUGUCACCUGGCUCCUCUUCGGUUUCGCCUGGUGGCUCAUUGCGUAUGUGCGAGGUGAUUUGGACCACAUCGGAGACAAUCAGUGGACUCCAUGUGUCAAUAACUUAAAUAGUUUUGUGUCAGCUUUUUUGUUCUCAAUAGAAACAGAGACGACUAUUGGAUAUGGCUUCAGGGUCAUAACAGACAAAUGCCCAGAGGGGAUUCUCCUUCUCUUGAUCCAAUCAGUGUUGGGAUCUAUCGUAAAUGCUUUUAUGGUGGGUUGCAUGUUUGUGAAAAUCUCCCAGCCCAAGAAGAGGGCCGAAACUUUGGUGUUCUCCACCAAUGCAGUCAUCUCCAUGAGAGAUGGACGAUUGUGCCUGAUGUUCCGAGUCGGGGACCUUCGUAACUCGCACAUCGUAGAAGCCAACAUCAGAGCCAAGCUGAUCAAGUCAAAGCAGACAAAGGAAGGGGAGUUCAUUCCGUUAAACCAAACGGACAUGAACGUGGGUUACGACACUGGGGAUGACCGGCUCUUUCUCGUGUCACCACUCAUCAUCUGCCAUGAGAUCAACCAGUACAGCCCUUUCUGGGAGGUCUCCAAGGCCCACCUGGCCAAAGAGGAGCUGGAGAUUGUAGUCAUCUUGGAGGGCAUGGUUGAAGCUACAGGUAAGCAACUACAAUGUUUUACCAUGCAAAACAAUGUACAGACAAUCAGGUGGAGAUAUGAGUGUAUAUAUUUAAACAUACUGUACAUUAGUCCCAUUUGUUUGGUUAUGGUGUGGAAAGUUUCAUUAAACAGGUAGGUCUUGUGCUUGGAAUUAUUAUUAUUAUUUAAACAAUAUGUGUGUAGACACAAAAGCAUUCCAGGAAGGGAAUUUAUAUAGCACAUUUCAUACACAGAGGCAAGUUUAUUUAUAUAGCAUAUUUCAUACACAGAGGCAAUUCAGAGUGCUUUAUAUAAAUACAAGCAAAAUGAACAACCAAAGGAGGAGAAUUCAUUGGUUAUUAUUAUGCUAUAUUAUUGGAAAUUAUAGCAAAGCUUUAGUCUAUAACCAAUACAACUUUACAC